AUGGAGCAGAAUCGAGCAAAUGAUGAAAAUGCCCCAUACGCACCUCCGCGUGAUCCCCGUAUCCGUCCGAUUACGCUCAAAGUUGGGGCAGCCAAAGGCCAAUCUCAUAAUGAGCCUUCUGCACUCAUUAGCCCGGCCACCACUGACCAGGCCACCGUGCCAUCUAAGGAUCAGCCAGUGUCAGAAGGACCAGGUACUCCUUCUAGUGAAACAUUUGCACGAUCAUUCAGCGGCCUGGCAGAAAAUAUCAUUGCUCUCUCACAAUCUGCAGCCGAACAGGCUAACCUAAAGAAAAGGCUUGAAGCUACUGAAGGUAGCUUCACGAAAACAAAGAAACAUUUCAACUUCCCGUCAACAAUUUCCUAUCUUCAACAGCUGAGGAGGGACGACAAUGAUGAUCUAGGGCGCGUCGAAGAGAAGCUGCGCGAGAAUAAGCUUCGUCGGGAUGAGUUGGAGCGUAGCGUCGGGUCUCUCGUCAGCUCGAGCACGUCACAUAGACAUGACUCCGAAAUAGAGAUAAAAUUACGUGACGCAAAAACUGAGGCUGCAAGCGCGAAAAAGUCGGCACUUGAGGCACAGUUGAUAGCUUCGAAUGCUCACAAAGAAAUCGAAACCUUGAAGGGACGGAAAGAGACCGAUAAAGCGUUGGAAGAGAGACUCCAGUAUUUACAGUCAAGAGUUGAUAUUCUCGAUACCGCUACCAAGGCUCACUCUACAUUUCUUUCUCGUCACACGAAAGAUAUUCAGGAGUGUCGGAAUCAGUUUGCAAGCACAUCUGAAGCCCUAGCCCGCAAGACUGAUGUGGAAACCAGAGAGGAGAGAUCAUCAAGUCUCCACGAGAGGAUACGAGAUAUGGAACAGAACCUUACCUCGAUAAAAUCCCGACUUCGUUCGAUCUCCAGUGGCCAAGAUGACCAGAGGUAUAUCAAAGAGGAAAUUCACCGGUUGAAGACCGCCGGUGAAGCAUAUAAAGCUGCUCUUGAAAAUAUCCCUAAGCUCGAAGAGCAGUUAUCUGCUCUACAAAACUCUUCCGACACCUCUUCUACCAUACAAAAGCUCGAUGGCGUUAUGGACCUGACGAAUCAUACUCGAAGUCAAUUGGAUGAUAUCAGCAAACGUCUUUCUAGCCUGGAGAAUGCUUCAUGGGCAAAUGAUAGCGCUACUUCGAGGAAAGAAAACGAUAGCGUCAAAGAAGAAAUAAAGACUCUCUCUGAAGCGUUUAAAGAACUCCAGUCCCAAGUGCAGCAGGUAGGACAGGCCCAAGGACAGCAGCCAGCGCAAACCAGCACAAAUGAUCGCGAUCAAAUCGAUCUUAGAAUCACCGUGGAACAGCUCUCACAGCAACUCUCAGCAUUGCAAAAUGUGCUCAAGGCCAAGGAUGACUUGCAGUUCCAAGAGAUGGAGUCGCUCGGGAAACGGCUGGCUGAGCACACAAACGUCCUAGAGAAGCUGAAAGCGGACCAGAGAGUUCAUGAGACGGUCGGUGAGCUUUCAGCAUCACUUCAGACCCUAGCGCGAGAUAUCGAGAAGCGGCAGACUAUAGCUGACGUCGGUCUCCGUUCCCUGGAGGAACGCUAUAACAACCUGUCCACCGAGACACUGGCGAAGAAUAUUAUCACAGUGAUACAAGAGUUUUACCCUUUAUCAUUGCCUGCACUGAUGGAACAGCUCGGUCUUUUGAAGACGCAGAUGGAUCAGUUGAAAGCGUCAAACACUGCUAUGCAGCAAGCCCAGCUGGAAAGAAUGGGACAGCGGUUAACGGCACUGGAAGACCACUAUGAGAAGAACCAGGGGACACUGAAAAUGAACAACAAGCAGAUGACCGAGAAAAUAGCUGCCCUUAACUAUCAACAAUCGGCUCUAUGGGCGCAUAUGCAGAACGAAGUACAGCCAAAUAUUCGUGAAAUGACGCCUUUGCGGGAUCAGCUUCAAUCGUUAACUAGCAGGCUCUACGAACAUACGGAAAAGGUCCAGCAUGACAUCACGAACAGAGAGAUGGAGAGGCAAUCAUUCCUCCGAGACAUGCAGCAGGAGCGGGACCGAUUGAACGACGAGAUCAAAUCUGUCGACAAUUCUGUCAAAGAUCUAGCGGAGAAGAUCAAAGGCAUAGAUAAUAAAAUCCGGGAAACAAAUGGCGUGACCGUGACAUCUCUACUUGGCCGCAUCCAUGAGUCUGAAAAGGCUACUACGGAAGAGAUCAAGGCUCUCACCCGAAAAUUCGAGGAGACGGCCCAGUUGGCAAAGAGAGACAUCUCUGACGCUGUCGGUCGGCUAGAGGCUCUUGAGAAGGUCAAAGAAGAGCUGGCGAGCUUGCCUCUCGACAGGCUUGCUGAAAUUGGUCUAGGUCAGCCAAAGAUGGACACGCAACCUAGAGAUGAGCAUCGGAAGCGGAGGAAGCCCACUGCAUCCUCAGACGAAGAGCAAAGCUCCAGUAUUCCAACAAGUGUCUCAGAGGUCCAUUCGUCCUCCAAAUCCAGCCCGAGUCUCGAGACGGAUCCUAGCUCGGCAAGAAAGAAGAAGAAAAGAAAGAAGCGGCAGAUAGAGGAGGGAACUGUCAACUCCGGUAACGGGCGAUAG